CCAGCCGCGGCACGGUGUCCCUCUGCGGGGUGCUGGUGCUGGCACAGUGUGUGUGUGUCCCCCCCCCACCCCCCCGUGGGUGCUGGGGAGGGUGCGGGGUGUGAAAUGGGUGCCAGCUGAACACAAAGCAGCAAUAAUACCGCGGGCACCGGUGCUAAUCCCAUCAACCCCGACAGAUACUCGAUAACCCGGGAACGGUUAACAUCCCCCCCCAGCGCAGGCUGAAGGUCACAGCAUCUCCCCGGUGGUGUCCCCAGGAGGGGGGGGGGGCCCAGGCGCUGCCCCCCAUGGCAUGUGGGGUGCUCCUCCCCUCCCGGAGUGACCUUGCGCAAUGGGGGUCCCGGUGCUGAGCGUGGUGCUGGCAGCUCCUGCCUGGUGGAGCACCGAGCUGUGGGGUGGGGGGGCUCCCACCCGGCCUGGCAGCCCCCACCACCUUCACAGGGAGCCUGGACAGUGGGUAAGGGGCUGCCGUGGGCGUGGGAGCUGGGCUGCUGCCGCCUGUGGGGUCUGACCCCCCUGGGUGGGUCCCAGCUGGGGGUCCCAGUUUUGCCUCCUCACCCCAGCGGGACCAAAAGUGGGGUGCAGCCACCCCCCCCCCCUCCCGCUUGCUCAGGCUGCACCAGCCAACGCUCCCACGCAGAGGGGUGCCCGCGUCCCACAGCAGGGUUUUGGGGGGGCACCCAGCCCCAUGCCCGAGCCGCACCAGUGCUGGCGUGUGGCACUGGGAGGCGGGGGGGGGGGGGCUGUGGGGGGGGAUAAAUGCCACCCCAGCCCCAUCACGAAGCCGUCGGGGUGGGCGAGUUGCCAGCGGCACAGGGCACUCAUGCGGCGCAGGCGGCCCUCUUGGCUGCAAAGGCUGGGAAAAGGGCAGGCAGUUCCUGCCGGCAGCCCGGAUGCCAUGGUGAUGGGCUGCUGCCGGCAUGAAUACCCAUGAGCGGGGGGGCUGUGGGGGGGCUGUGGCGGGGGGGGGAAAGGGGGAGGCCACGCCGAGCUGUGCCCUGAAUGCAAAGACCCCGCUGCCACGUCCCGGCGGCACAAAGGGCCGCGGCCACGCGUGGGGCCACGGCACGACGCGGCAGUGCCCGGAGGCAGCGGGACCGGGUGACAAACGGAGGUGACCCCCCCCCCUCCCCGGUGCCGCGCCGGGGCUCACCGGGGCACCCCGUCACGCCACCCUGGGGUGCAGGGACUGGGGUCUGGGGUCAGGGUGGGAUGGUCGGGGGGCUGGAAGAGGUUCCCUUGGCAACGGCCGGUCCCAGUUUCCACCAAUCGAUGUGGCGGCGCGGGCUGGGAGGGCUCGUGGCCUACAUAAGCACCGCACGCCCGUGCCGCGCCGAAACCCGGCAGAUGAGCUUGCGAAGCCAUGGCCGGGCUACCGGGCGCCUGGCCCGUGGCCACCCGCUGCUGGGGCUGCGCCGCGGCUGCCUUCCUCCUCCUCCUCCUCACCGUGCAAGCUGCCCACAAAGCCGACCUUAGCGGUGACGCCACGGCGGCCACCAUCAACCACUCGCUGACGCUGCUGCAGCGGCUGCAGGAGCUGCUGCAGAACGGCAACGGCAGCGACUCGGUGCUGCGGGUACGCACGGCCGCCUCCGACGAGGCCAAGGUCUUCCACACCCACCAGCUCCUGCUCAGCCUCCAGAGCGAGGUCUUUGAGAGCCUCCUGCGCAACCAGAGCGUCGUCACCUUGCACGAGCCGCCCGAGACUGCGGCCCUCUUCGAGAAGUUUAUCAGGUACCUGUACUGCGGGGGGGUCUCCAUCCUGCUGCACCAGGCCAUCCCCAUGCACCAGCUGGCCAGCAAGUACCGGGUGUGGGGGCUGCAGCGCGGUGUGGCUGACUACAUGAAGACCCACCUGGCCAGCGAGUCGAGCCAGGGCCACGUAGUGGGCUGGUACCACUACGCUGUGCGCGUCGGGGACGCGGCGCUGCAGGAGAGCUGCCUCCAGUUCCUGGCCUGGAACCUCUCGGCCGUGCUGGGCAGCGCCGAGUGGGGCUCGGUGAGCGUGGAGCUGCUGCUGCUGCUGCUGGAGCGCUCCGACCUGGUGCUGCACAGCGAGCUGGAGCUCUACACCGCCGUGGAGGGCUGGCUGAGCCGCCGGCAGCCCGAGGGUCCCGUGGCUGAGAAGGUGCUGCGCGCCAUCCGCUACCCCAUGAUCGCACCCAGCCAGCUAUUCCGGCUGCAGGCGCAGUCGGCGGUGCUGGCGCGGCACUACGGCGCGGUGCAGGACCUGCUCUUCCAGGCUUUCCAGUUCCACGCCGCCUCCCCGCUCCACUUCGCCAAGUAUUUCGACGUCAACUGCAGCAUGUUCCUGCCCCGCAACUACCUCGCGCCCAGCUGGGGCUCCCAGUGGGUCAUCAACAACCCGGCGCGGGACGACCGCAGCACCAGUUUCCAGACGCAGCUGGGUCCCAGCAGCCACGACGCCGGCAAGCGGGUGACCUGGAACGUCCUCUUCUCGCCGCGCUGGCUGCCCGUCAGCCUGCGCCCCGUCUACUCGGACUCGGUCUCGGGCGCCGUCCAGCCGGUGCGCAUCGAGGACGGUCGCCCCCGGCUUGUCAUCACCCCGGCCAUGAGCAGCCCCGACUUUGCCGGUGUCAGCUUCCAGAAGACGGUGCUGGUGGGCGUGCGGCAGCAGGGCCGGGUUUUGGUGAAGCACGCUUACAGUUUCCACCAGAGCUCGGAGGAGGUGGCCGACUUCCUCGCCCACGCCGACUUGCAGAAGCGCACCUCCGAGUACCUCAUCGACAACUCCCUGCACCUCCACAUCAUCAUCAAACCCGUCUACCACUCCCUCAUCAAGGUGAAGAAGUAACGAGGCAGAGCUGGGGUCUGCCACCGGACUGUCCCCAGCCCCGCGGCGGUGAUGGGGGGGGGGGGGGGGGAGCGGGGGCUCGUGCUUGGUCCUCCUGCUCGUAGGUAGCCAGAGGGGCUCACACUGGGGGUCCCCGGGGCUGCGCUCCCCGCUGCCCACCCCUCCUUGAUUGUCCCCCUGCCAUGUCCCAUCCCCAUCCCUCGAUGCCUGCGGGGUGCUGGGGAUGGGGGGGGGACACACACUGGGAGCCCCCCCCCAGGGCCGUGCAGGUGGUGCAGGAGGCGAAAUGUGCAGCCCACGGCCGCGGGCACAUCCUGGGCUCACAGACCCCAAUGGGUGGGGACAGAGACAGCCCAUCCCUCCUGUGAUGUCCCCCCCCCCACGGCACUGGAGUCCCUCUGUGCCGUGGCGCCGGGUCUGGCUGCCGGCUCGGGUACCCCGGCAGCGGCACCCCGGGGCUCGGCGGAGAGCUGGGAGCGUGCCCAGGCUGGGGUGGGUGGCCCGGCUGCCUCCCCUGGCAGCGGGGGGCUUGGGGGGGGGGCACCGUCCCCGCUCACGGCCCCCAUCCCUGCCCAGGAACCCCCCAACCCCCUUCCAAAUAAA